GGCAGGUCCAGUUCUUUAAGCUGUAAGGAGUGAUUUAAGGAACAGGAAGGUGGCUAGCUAGCUGCAUUUGUGAAGAUAAUUGUUUUUAUAAAGUCGUAGAGAAGAAGAAAUUAAGACCCAGAAUAUACUGAAUAUAAUGCCAUAUUCUUCUCGUGAUAACAUCAAAUAUGUUGUAUUUGUUUUUGUUUGGCUCUUGCUGGCAAAGGAAACAGCAGAAAACAACAAUCCUUGGGAUCCCAGUGACACCCCUCACAUAAAGUACGAUGUUUUUGUUAGCUUUAGAGGUGCAGACAUUCGCCAAGAUUUCCUUAGCCAUUUGGUUGAGGCAUUUUAUCGAAACCAGAUUGCUGCCUUUGUGGAUUACAAGAUUCUCAAAGGAGAUGAACUUGCUGAAGCACUGCUUGGAGCAAUUCAAGGAUCACUCAUUUCAUUGGUUAUAUUUUCACAAAGAUACCCCGCGUAUACUCUCUCUCUCUCUCUCUCUCUCUCUCCAACUGCAUUCUCUCUCGCUCCCCAUUUCUCAGAAGGGCCCAAUCGCGAAAACCCUAGAAAACAGCAGAUUUGGGGGCGCGUUCAAUCUCGGACGGAGAACGAGAAAGCCAGGAUUUUGAGACCGACCCGGUUCGAUUGGAAGGGUUCAGAUUCAAAGGGAUCGUUUGAUUUUGUCGGAUAUUCACCGGACAAGAAGGGGGUGGAUGCGGAGAAACCCCCCUCUAAACUGGAAGCUCUAAUCGUGUCGCAAAAUAGGAACAGCGGCGAUGAAUCAGCAUCACCGGCAUUUAUGACGUCCCCGCCACCUCCGCCGCCGCCACCAACACCUCCGCCGCCGCCGCCGUCUUCCUCGUCGAGUUCUUCGUCGGCACCAUCACCGCGUUCUGAUUCUGAUUCAUCCGGCUCCGUUCCCUCGCACGCAUCGGCGCCGAGCCCUCACUGUCCCACUGAUAUCAGAUAUGCUUCUUCGCGUUGGUGUUUGUUGGAACUUGCGAAAAUUGUUGAGUGUAGAAAAGAAGAUGGACAGCUUGUGCUACCUGUUUUCUACAGGGUAGAUCCUUCACAUGUGCGACAUCAGAAGGGGACUUAUGCAGAUGCCUUUGUUGAACAUGAAAGAAAAUAUAGUCUCACCACUUUACAAACAUGGAGAUCAGCUCUGAAUGAAUCUGCUAAUCUAUCAGGAUUUGAUUCAUCAACUUUUCGGGAUGAAGCUGAGCUUGUUAAAGAGGUAGUUAAAUGUGUGUCAAAGAGGUUGAAUCAUGUGCACCAGGUUAACUCCAAAGGACUUGUUGGAAUUAGCAAACGAAUUGCACAUGUCGAAUCGUUGCUACAAUUAGAAGCAAGAGGUGUUCUUAUUGUCGGAAUCUGGGGCAUGGGGGGUAUUGGUAAGACAACCAUUGCGCAAGAAGUAUAUAGUAAACUGUGUUCUGAAUAUGAAGGUUGUUGUUUUUUGGCUAACAUAAGAGAAGAGUCAGAAAGACAUGGAAUCAUCUCUUUGAAGAAAAAGCUUUUUUCAACAUUAUUAGGAGAAGAUUUGAAAAUUGACACACCAAAUGGAUUGCCUCAAUAUGUUGAGAGAAGGCUUCAUCGUACGAAGGUUCUUAUCAUUCUUGAUGAUGUCAAUGAUUCAGGACAACUGGAAAUUUUAGCUGGAACAAGUGAUUGGUUUGGAUCAGGUAGUAGAAUCAUCAUAACAACUAGAGAUAAGCAGGUGCUACCUACAGAGUUUGCUAAUAUAUACGAAGUUGAGGCAUUAAACUUUGAUGAAUCUUUACGGCUUUUCAAUUUGAAUGCCUUUAAACAAAAUCAUCUUGAAAGAGAGUACCGUGAGCUAUCAAAGAAAGUGGUUGAUUAUGCCAAAGGCAUUCCUCUAGUUCUUAAAGUUUUGGUUCCCCUUCUUCGUGGAAAAAGUAAAGAAAUAUGGAAAAGCCACUUAGAGAGACUCAGAAAAGUGCAAAGCAAAAAGGUUCAUGAUAUUAUUAAACUGAGUUAUGAUGAUCUUGAUUGGGAUGAAAAGAAGAUAUUUUUGGAUAUUGCAUGUUUUUUUGAUGGACUGAAUCUGAAAGUAAAGUACGUAGAAUCUUUAUUGAAAGAUCAUGGUCAUUCAGUGGCUGCUGCAUUAGAAAGGUUGAAGGAUAAAGCUCUUAUAAGUGUUUCUCAAGAAAAUAUUGUAUCAAUGCACAACAUUGUGCAAGAAACAGGUUGGCAAAUUGCUCACCAGGAAUCUAUUGAAGAUCCUAGAAGCCAAAGUCGAUUAUUAGAUCCUGAUCACAUUUAUGAAGUACUAAAAUACAACAAGGGUAACGAGGCUAUCAGAAGCAUAGUCAUCAACUUGUCAGGAAUCAAGGAUUUGCACUUAAACCUUGAAGUAUUUGCUAAGAUGAGCAAACUGCAGUUUCUAGAUUUUUAUAGAAAAGGUUCAUGCUCCUGCAGUCUCCUCCGGGAUGAAGGGAGCUUGCAUCUUCCCCAAGGGCUUGAAUCUUUGCCGAAUGAGCUAAGAUAUCUUCGUUGGACUCAUUACCCUUUGGAAUCUUUGCCUUCAAAGUUCUCUGGGGAAAAUCUUGUUGAACUGAACAUGCCUUAUAGCCGAGUGAAAAAACUUUGGCAAGAAGUGCCGGAUGUUGUGAAUUUAAAGGUCUUCAUACUCCACUCAUCCCUACACCUAAAGGAGCUGCCAGACUUUUCAAAGGCCAUAAAUCUUGAACGGAUAGAUCUCAGGUUUUGUGUAGGGUUGACUAGUGUUCAUCCAUCUGUUUUCUCUCUCAACAAGCUCAAAAAAUUGAAUCUAGGUGGUUGCUUUUCCCUUACAAGCCUUCAAAGCAAUAUCCAUUUGGACUCCCUUCGUUAUCUCUCCCUCUAUGGCUGCAUGGCACUAAAGCAUUUCUCAGUGACCUCAAAGAAUAUGGUUAAGUUGAAUUUAGAACUCACUGCUAUCAAACAACUACCUUCAUCUAUUGGACUUCAAACCAAGCUUGAAAAGCUUUUUCUAGGAUUCACUUAUGUUGAGAACUUGCCUCCAAGCAUCAAGCAUCUUACAAGUCUUCGACAUUUAGAUGUAAGACAUUGUAAGAACCUUCAGACUCUACCAGAGCUUCCCCCAUCACUUGAAACACUAGAUGCUAGUGGAUGCAUAUCAUUGGAGACUGUAAAGUUCCCUUCUUCUGCUGUUGAACAGUUGAAGGAAAAUAAGAAAAGGGUUGCCUUCUGGAACUGCUUCAAGUUGGAUGCACAUUCUCUUAAGGCUAUUGCACUGAAUGCACAAAUUAACAUGAUGAAAUUUGCACACCAACAUUUAUCUACAUUUGGUGAUGCUCAAGGCACCUAUGUGAACCCAGGAAGCAAGGUUCCAAAAUGGUUGGAGCAUAAGACAACACGUGGUUAUAUGACUAUUGAUGUUUCUUUUGUUCUUGCUCCACACUCCUCUCACUUAGGCUUCAUUUUUGGCUUUAUUGUUCCUAAAGUCCCAUAUGGGGGUUCAGUUUUGGAAUUCAAUAUCAGAGGGGGUGAAGGUGAAGGUAACAAGUUCAAUGUGUACUUGAACAGACCAAGUCAUGAGAUUAAAGUGGAUCAUGUGUAUCUAAUGUUCGACCAAGCAUGUUCACGCUACCUACAUAGUAUUGCCAAACAUCAACCAAGGUUGAAAAUUAAGGUUUCAGUAGCAGCACGAACGCUCACAUCCAACUAUGUACCAUUGCAGUUAAGAGGGUUUGGGAUCAGCACAAUCAACACUACACAAUACCUUGGUUUUGUUCAAAAUGUAGAACUGUGUGAAAGUAGUCUUUCUUAUGUCCCAAUUUUGGUUAAAUUGAUUUUGAGUUUCUGCAUAGCUGUUUCUCUUGGGACUUUUAGUGUUCGAGUUAGAAUAUUAGCAUUGUAAUGAAAGAAAAAUUGCUAUGUAAGAGAAUAUAAGGCUAUCUGUAAUGAGAGUGAUUGCCCAAAGCUUUUUGGCUUGGCUUCAUCUGUGAGGUUUGAGGAGUCUAUUUAUAGAAAAG